AUGUUGCAAAAAGCAAAAUCGAUCAAAAAAACGCUCAAAACCGAGGCGAAAGCAAUCGCAUACGGGACAGAACGCGUCGAUAAACGAGGGAAACCGGUCACCUCGAUCGCGGAUAGGACGAAUGCGUUCGUGUCGAAAUCGAUGGCGCCGAAAGAAUACUUGGAGCUCGAAAACGCGUGCGUGAAAGCGUGCAACAACGACCUCUCCGCGCCGAAGGAGAAACACGUAAGGACGUUACUGUUAGCGUGCGGAGGCGGGCAAGGGAAUUCGCCGGAUCGAGUCUCCGUGGCGGAUAUUAACUACGUCUUGAAUUCAAUCACGAAAGUUAUCGGGAAAGCGACCGGGUGGAUAUCUAUGCUUAAAUCGCACGUGGUGUUACACCGCUUGUUUCAAGAGUGCGGAGGGAAGUUUCAGAGGGAAUUUUUCCACCACGCGGAAGCUUUGAGAAACGCGCGAUCGGGUGGGAAAGAACAAGAUUUGUUUUCGUUGAGAUAUUGGAAAGAUGACUCGAGUCAAACCGCGUUCGAGUUGUCCGGUUGGGUGAGGGCGUACGCGUUGUAUUUUGAAGAGUUUACGUGUUGCGCAAAGUUUUGGCCGUUUUUGUGUUCGCAAGGAAGCGGCUCGACGCCGAUGCAAGCGUAUAACUUCGAUCAAUUGUUGCAACACGUUCCAGUGGCACAAACGCUGAUGCGACGAUUGACGGAUUGCGAUCCAACUGGAGAGGUUUUACGGAGAAACGACGUUCCCGUGAGAGCCGCGACGGCGUUGAUGUUCAAAGAUUCUUUGAAAGUGUUCAAAUUAGCCAACGAAGGCGUGUGCGCUUUGGUCGGUUUGUUCUUCGAACAAGAUAAGUCGAAAGCGAGGAAAGGGUUGGAGAUUUAUAAGCGGUCGGUGAUUCAACACGAAGAUUUGCAGCGGUUAUACGCGACGUGUCAAAAGAUGCAAAUCGUCAACCAAGCGCCGGCGUUGGAGGCACCGCCGGAGUCGUUUUUAGGCACGAUGCAAGAGUACGUGGAUACGGCGAAAGCGGGGGAAAUGCCAGCCGGAGUUGGCGCGAGACGUUCGAACAGAGGGACGAGUGGUGGUACUGCGCCUCCUUCUGAAUCGUCGCCGGGAGCGGCAGCGGCGGCGGCCACGUCGCCGAGUGGCGGAACGGCGUCGCCGCAACAAAACGCAAACGCAACCUUGGACGCGUUGUUUGGAGAGAUGAACAUUCAAACGCCUCCGCAGAAUGCGCGAGAAGCGCCGAGUAGCGUAGUAGCUGGGAGGAAUUUUCUUCCCGCGGGUACAACCGCAUCGGCCCCAAACGACGAUCCGUUCGGUUUAGCGACGAUUACUCAUACGAAUGGCACCGGAGGAAACUCUAAUCGAGGUCAUCAACCCGCCGCGUCCACGAGCGCGAAUCUUCCGCCGGCGCCAGUUCGAGCCCCAAAUCAGCAACAGCAACAACACGUGCGAAACGGCAGCAAUAAUCCGUUCGGCGACGAUCUCUUUGGUACGCCUAAGAAAGCGGUCGCGGCUCCGGUUGAUUUGAACUCGUUAUACGAACAAGCCAACACGCGACAACAGCAACAACACCAACAACCGCAGCAGCAGCAGUACGGAGGAGGAAUGAUGCCGCCGCCGAUGGGCGGAGGUAUGCCGCAACAGAUGAUGAUGGGUGGUAACCACCCUGGAUAUUAUCAACAACAGCAAACACAUCAUCAUCAUCAUUCUUUACAGCAACAACAACAACAAACGUCUCCGCCACAAUACGGAGGCAUGGGAGGAGGGUAUCCCCCGCAAGCGGCGGCGGCGCAGAACAUGGGGUACCCCACAAUGAUGGCGGCUGGCGGGCAAUAUCAUUCGCCGCCGGGGCAAAACUUUCAUCCUCAACAACAACAACACUUUAAUCCUCCUCUUCAACAACAACAACAACAACACUCUAGCAACAAUAAUAACAACAACAACAACAACAACUUUUUGAUAUAA